GGUCCUUCUACUUCCUCCAUGUAAACACUGGCGAUCGCAGGGCAGUGUUCAAUUACACAGCUGGCCAUGGGCGACACACUGUGUGUUAAAUGAUCCAUAUUAAUGUGACGGUGUAACUCGUACGGAGCUUCAGGGCGGCUGCGGCUGGAGCAAAACACCGCCUGUAUGGAAGCUCUACGAGUUUAAAGGCUGUGUGGGAAUGGGUUCCAGUCCUUUCUGGUCCAAAUGGAGAAUAAAGGGAGCGACGAGGUGGAAAAAUUGAGGACAAAGUUCUUGUCAGUGUGGCACAAUGUGAAGUACAGUUGGGCGUUGAAAUCAAAGACCUCAUUCAGUAGAAAUUCCCCAGUGCUUCUCCUCGGGAAAUGUUACCACUUUAAGACUGAAGAUGAUGACAGUCCUACAGAAGCCUGCCAUGAUCCCUCCGAUGAGGACGUCAUGGGGAAUGUGGAAGCUUUCCGCAAGGAUUUCGCAUCCCGAGUGUGGCUCACCUACAGGGAGGAGUUCCCUCCCCUGCCCGGCUCCAGCCUGACCUCCGACUGCGGCUGGGGCUGCAUGCUGAGAGCCGGGCAGAUGAUGCUGGCUCAGGCACUUAUCCUGCAUUUUUUGGGCAGAGACUGGACCUGGUCAGGGGCGCUGGCGCUCCAGCCUUUAGACACAGAGACUUGGACUACCACUGCAGCCAAGCGUCUGGUAGCCUCUCUGGAGGCUUCUCUUCAAGGAUCCCCCGGGCCCUCUGAUCAUGGAUCCCCACCCGCGCACUUCGCCCAGGCUCCAGGAUCUGCAGAGGAGGCAGAUGCACAUUUGAAAGACAUGUACCACCGCACUCUGGUAUCUUGGUUUGGAGACAGCCCCUCAGCUCAAUUAGGCCUCCACAGACUGGUCCGCUUGGGCCUGACCAUGGGGAAGCAGGCAGGGGACUGGUAUGGGCCAGCUGUCGUGGCACACAUCCUCAAGAAAGCUGUCGAGGAAGCGAUGGACCCUGGCUUGGCGGGUAUAACUGCAUAUGUCUCCCAGGACUGCACAGUGUACAGUGCUGAUGUCAUCGAUAGCCACAGGGCACCAAGAUCAGGGCAGGCCUCUCCUGAGAGGUCUGAUGCCCCUCCCUCCCCACAGAUCGACCAACCAGUGUCUGCCUCCACCCUGCCAGACAACCGGGCUGUCAUCAUCCUCGUCCCUGUGCGACUGGGAGGCGAGAAGACAAACCCUGACUAUUUUAACUUUGCAAAGAGCAUACUGAGUCUGGAGUACUGCAUAGGCAUCAUCGGAGGGAAGCCCAAACAGGCCUGCUACUUUGUAGGAUUUCAAGAUGACAGCUUGAUUUACAUGGACCCUCAUUACUGUCAGUCUUUUGUGGAUGUCAGCACCAGCGAUUUCCCUCUCCAGUCGUAUCAUUGCCCCUCACCAAAGAAGAUGCCUUUCAGCAAGAUGGACCCAAGCUGCACUAUAGGUUUCUACUCCAGGAGUGUUCAAGACUAUGAGAGAAUCAGACAAGAGCUGUCCAAGGUGCUGCAGCCGUCGGCGAAGGAGAAAUACCCCGCGUUCACUUUUGUGCAAGGUCACGGCAGAGAUUACGACCUGUCGGCCGGCCUGACCCCAGAGAAGAGAGAAUGGCCCUUUAUCCGUGACCCACAGAGGACGGUCACCACUGCCGGGGACUUUGUGCUGCUUUGACAACGCCGUUUAAAAGACUACUGACAGAGAACUUCUUUUAAUGAAUCCAACUGCUUGACAUCCAAAGCCUCGUGUCUGAGCUUUUUGUGACAUUGAAGGUUAUGGAAUUUUUCUACAGUAAUUAAGUUAAAACAUCCUGGAAACAAGCAAGGAAGCACUUUUUGCCAAAACUGUUACUAACUGGUUGGACAUUGUUUUUGGUGCUCUGCUUAAUUUAACAACUUCAACAUUUUUUUUCUAGUUAAGAGGAACAUCUAUUCAUUUUCCAUAGUUAUUUUAUGGACUUAAGACAAGCUGUUGAUAGCAUCUCCAUCAACAUACCAGAUUGUGGGAGAUUUUAUGUAUUUUUUUUGUACCUUACAUCAUGUUCAAGAAGUCUCAAAGGGCUUUUCUUAUAAUGAUCAAUUAGGUCCAGUUCAGCACUCCAACGUCGACAUGCUUUGAAGGCCAACAGAUAGUAACUAUAGAACAGUCAUAGAGCAGUGUAACUAUGACUAAAAGUGUUCGCCCACUUAAAUAUUUUCAUAAGACUACAGCUAUAGUAUUUACAGUUUUGUAUGUGUUGUAAGCACGGUUAGCAUUGGGCUAAGAGGACUUUUAUAAAAGCCUUAAUUAAUGUGGACGAAGUGCUCUCUCAAGAUUGAGUCAAGUAACUUCUCCAAACUUCUCUGCCAAAAGCAUUUCACCGAACAAGAUGACUUUUCCACCUCAACAGAAGCAUAUGGGACACAUGCUCUGAAGGACACCUUCUUCAUAAUUCUGCCAACAUUUUAUUUACACUAGAACUCAUUUCUGUCUCUGAGCAAUAAUAUAGGAUGUUGUGAUUUAUAUGAUUGUUUGCCCGCCCUGGUGUGUUUUUGAGUGGGAUUAAUCUUGACUGAGUUAUGCAUCACAGUGCAAGUGACCAGUGGUGAGGAGAGUUUGUCAAACGGACAAUGUCAUGUUUAUGUCUAAGCACUAUCCGUUAUAAGUUCUUUAGAUUUGCUUUGUCUGUCUUACACAGAACAAACAGCAUCUGAAUUUAGAACAUAAAAAAUCUUUUUGGGUUCAGGGAAUUACAAUAUUUACAGUAUAGUAUAGGUGAAUUUAAUUGAAAUAGCAAUCUAGCCAUAGAGAAAUUAUAUAUUAGCCCUCCAAAUCUAUAUGCUGUGUGCAAUACUAUGGCCAGCAUUUUUUAAUUAGUAUUUUUUCAUAGAACAUUUCAUAUUGUGUUUAUUACCACAUUUCCUACUUAUGAUUUGACGAGUGACUGAAAUAUAUAUUGUUGUUUUUACGAAAACACUUUUUAACAAACUAGUAGUGGAGAAGUACGCCAGAAUACAUAUUAAGCUAUCAAACUUGAUCAUGCACUUUGACUUAUUACUUCAGAAACACUGAACUAUUCAGAAUCCUUUUCAUGUGCUUUUCUGCUUUAUAACACCUGCAUGUCUGUUUGCAUAAAUGAACUUACAAAAUGUGUCUCUAAAAUGUUUUUGACACUGCCAGGCAAAAAAGUUGAAUAAAGUCAACAUAUUUGACUUUCUUAA